CUCCGUUACUUGGCCCAGACUUUGAAACUCUUUUAAGAGAAAAUUUUUUAACAAGAACAACGAACGAAACGAUGUGUUUGAUUGUAGAUGGAGAGCACCAGAAAGACGACGUGUUGGUUACGCCGACCAAUUUCUCAAUGGUUGAGGACGGCAUUUACCGAUCCGGGUUCCCGGGACCGGACAAUUUCGGGUUCUUGAAAACCCUUAAUCUUCGAUCCAUUGUAUAUUUGUGCCCGGAGCCUUACCCUGAAGAGAAUUUGAAGUUUCUUGCAGCUCAGAAUAUUCAACUUUUUCAGUUUGGAAUUGAAGGCAAAGCGGAUCCCCCUGUAUCUGUUCCCGGGGAUACUAUCAUGGCUGCUUUGAAAAUUUUAAUUGAUGUGAGAAAUCAUCCAGUUUUGAUACAUUGCAACCGUGGAAAGCAUCGGACGGGUUGCCUUGUUGGCUGCUUGAGAAAACUGCAAAACUGGGUCUUAUCUUCUGUGUUUGAGGAGUACCAGCGUUUUGCUGGAAGGAAAUCCAGGAUUACAGAUCUAGAGUUCAUUGAGACAUUUGACAUCAAGAGCUUGAGGCAGUGCCUUUACAGCGUUAUCUAUCAGUACCAAGGUUAUGGUUCGAAGAAGAGACGGUUACUUUACGGGGAAGAAAGCUUCUCUUACUCGAAACCCCGAGUCACUUCGAUAUAGGUGGCUUUCAACAACCUUAUAGUUUUUGGUUCUUCUACACCCAUAUUUGUUACAUAAUCCUUUUGGCCGACAGCAUAGUUACCGGCUAGCAGAGUUUUAGGUUGUUUUUAUAUAGCUUCUGUUCAAAGAAUAUAAAAAGAUUUAAAUUCCUCCAUUUUUUUUAAUUGUUUCAUAACUGUCAUAUAUCAGUCUCAAAUCUUCUGUGUAGUUUGGUUAUAGUAAUAUAUAAAUGAGAAAAAGUUCCAAGA